GCUGAUGCCCAGAGAGAGGUCAGGGGUCACGGCAGUGGCAGGAGUAAAGACAGCAGCAGGGCUAGGAGGAGGAAGAGGCGGUGACUUCUGCUCAGAUCCAUGAUGGCGGCGACUGAGGUAGAAGCGGCCUCCUGAGCUUUGGUAAAGAACUUCCGACCAUGCACAGCUUGGCGACUGCCGCGCCUGUGCCAACGGCACUGGCUCAGGUUGAUCGAGAGAAGAUUUAUCAGUGGAUCAAUGAACUUUCUAGCCCUGAGACUCGUGAGAACGCACUGCUGGAAUUAAGUAAAAAGCGAGAGUCUGUCCCUGAUCUUGCCCCAAUGCUUUGGCACUCCUUCGGCACAAUUGCAGCUCUCUUACAGGAGAUUGUAAAUAUCUACCCAUCUAUAAAUCCACCAACUUUGACAGCUCAUCAGUCCAACAGAGUCUGCAAUGCUCUAGCACUUCUACAGUGUGUUGCGUCACAUCCAGAAACCAGGUCAGCCUUCCUCGCGGCUCACAUCCCUCUCUUCUUAUAUCCCUUCUUGCACACUGUCAGCAAGACUCGUCCCUUUGAGUAUCUACGACUCACAAGUCUUGGAGUAAUUGGGGCGCUAGUGAAGACAGAUGAGCAAGAAGUAAUCAACUUCUUACUGACGACAGAAAUUAUCCCUUUAUGCUUACGCAUCAUGGAGUCGGGCAGUGAACUUUCCAAAACGGUUGCUACUUUUAUUCUACAAAAAAUACUGUUGGAUGAUACGGGACUGGCUUACAUCUGUCAGACUUAUGAACGAUUUUCUCAUGUUGCAAUGAUAUUGGGUAAAAUGGUCCUGCAGCUUUCCAAGGAGCCUUCUGCCAGGUUGCUGAAACAUGUGGUCCGUUGUUACCUUCGCCUUUCUGAUAAUCCAAGAUGUAGGGCACGGGAAGCCCUCAGGCAGUGCCUUCCUGACCAGCUGAAAGACACCACCUUUGCCCAGGUUCUGAAAGACGACACAACCACCAAGCGUUGGCUGGCACAACUGGUCAAGAACCUGCAAGAAGGCCAAGUCACCGACCCCAGGGGCAUCCCCCUUCCUCCACAGUGACAGCCAAGGAGGUGGCAGAACCCAGGAGGAAAUAGCUCAGGUUUACAGAGAGCCAGGAACCAAUGACCUCUUCCAGAUCCUGUCAGGCAUGUGUGGACAGCUCCUUGGACUGACUGUCAAUGGUCACCUAGACUGCAGGCCCUUUCUAUAGCAACUUUUCACCAUGCCUCUGAGGAUUAUGACACCAGCAAACACAGUUGGGACAGAGAAGCCCUCUUUCAGGGCAUGAGCUUUGUCGUGAUGAUCAGAUGAGCACCAAGCUGGGCGGCGCUGCUGCAGCUAACAGCAUCUCUCCCGCUCUGGUUCAGUGUGGCAGGCUUGGGAAGUAUUCCUCAAUUUCCUUGUUGUUCAGUGUUUACAUGUAAGUUCAAUAAAGGUUGGUAUGGUCAUUUGACCUUCUUAGGAGUACCUUUUGAGCUUUAUCUGGCUCUUAAGCAGAGGGAGUCCAUUUCCCUUUUCCUGACUGGGAAUUUUGCUUUCGUAAGAGGAGCUUCAUGAUCUAUUCUUUUUGAUACGUUCAGCCUUUGUGGCUGGGCCCUUACAGUUUUAAAUCUGGUGAGAUUAUUAGAAGGUGCGGGCAAUAAGAUAGCAUAGCCUCACUUUCCUAAGGGAUAGCUCCUGAUAUGUCAGAAGGCAGUGAUUUCCCUUGGCCAUGCAGUAGGACAGUCCCUGCCUCUGUGACUGUAUUUGAACUCAUGCUAAAUGUUCCAUAGAUCGAACUCCACUAACUUCCUAGUCAGUAAGAUCCAGAAUGCCAGCAAGGCAUUCCUUUAAUAUUCAGACUGUGCCAGCAAGGGAAGAGUUGUUGUAUGGGUGCCAUGGCUUAGAACCUGCAAGCCAUGUGGCCUUCCACUUUGUUGCAGCCUGUGUGUCUGCUUAGUAUAAGGUAAACCCUAGGAAUGAGCAAAACAGACAGGGACCAAGAGCUAUUUCAGGCAGCUGUGAAUAGCUGCAGGUUUUUCAGCCUUGCGGGCUGGUGCUGGAAAGCAUAAUGGCUGCAAAAUGCAAGGGCUCUCGUGCUCUUUAUCUUCUUCCCCUGCUUCCAGGCUAAGUGCAUCCAGUUCAUUCAUUUUGAACCUGCCCAUGUUCAUUGGUGUCUGCCACAGCUGAGGAGCCAUUAAGCAGUCUGCAAAGGCAACCUAUUCCCUGCUCUCUAAAUGAAAGAGGCAAACAAAAAAGAAGUGGGGAAGCUGUUUGGGAUGGGGGGAACACCCGGGCUGUUUGUCAGUUGCACAACAAGGCUGGGAGCAGGUGGCUUCUGGUCCCUUGCCAUUUCCCUUGGCCUUGGCACCUGCUGCCCCUGCUUUGGGCUGGAACCUGUUUUUCCUUUCCCCCCUUUUUCUUUGUUGAUGGCUGGACAGGCCACUCCAAGAGUGUCUUAACUCUUCUUUCUCUUUCUCUCUCUAUGUGGACUGCUUUUACUCUUGCAGCGGCUCCCAGUUUUAUAACAGCCUUGUUUUUCCAUCCCUGCCUUGAGUGGACUUUACCAACUGCUUCUUGUUUUGUAACUUGAAUAAAAAAUAAGCCAAAUGAA